AUGGGUAAAACCAAUCGGCAAAAGCGACACAAAACAUCACAGCAAAGUGAGGAAAGAACCGAAAAUGAUGCCUCAGCAAAGCCACCGCUGAGGCUGGCGGUUUUUGACCUCGACUACACGAUUUGGCAGCCCGAGAUGUAUCAACUCUAUGGAGAACCCACCUUGAAACCUAUUGAUAACAAGUAUAACAAGCGACUCUCUGCCCAGGUUUUGAAAGAAGCAAGAACAACGAAAGCAGGCUAUAUUCUCACUGAUAGGCGCAAUUCACCUAUGCGAGUAUUUGGUGGGGCAGCUGUUGCACUGUCGGAAAUUGAAAGGCUCAAGGCAGCUGGAGUCGAUAUUCAAGCUGCGGUUGCCUCCAAAACCGAUGCUCCCAGUUGGGCACGAAUAUGCAUGGAUCAUCUCGUGAUUGACAAUGACUGCACUACAACUUUGAUAUCGUGCUUUGACAACGGCCACCUCGUAGAGAUCUCGUAUGGCUCCAAACGACAACACUUGACACGUCUUCACAAGAAGACUGGGAUCCCCUUUGAGCAGAUGGCGUUUUUUGACAAUGAAAGUGGGAAUAUACGGAGCGUUUCGGCUCUAGGAGUGAAAUGCUUCUACACUCCAAGAGGCAUGCAAAUACAAGAUUGGAACAAGGCUAAAGAAUGCUUUGAGCUCCUGCCAGCACCAACCAACACAACCACGACACUGGAUGAAAAGGAGUCGAGCUAG